AUGACACCACGGACGCGUUCGAGCAAUAGAGAUGCCGACUACAAAGUCUACUACUCGAAGAAAGUGCCGCAACAGGUCCAGUUUCCACACAAGCGCAAGAUAGUGCGUCGGCCCUCGUCGCCAGUUCGAGAUGACGCAAAGCGGCAGAUGAUCUUUUUGCCAGAGAAAAUGAAGACAAGGAGUAUUCCCGUAGUCGCAGACUCGGAUGAGGACAGUGAUGAAGAUCUGGAAGAAGACCUAGAGGAUGGAGGAGUUCCAAUCGAGCCGCGGGUGAAAGAGGAAGAAGAGCAGCCCUCGGCAAGAAAGACGAAGGGCAAGACCAAGAAGAGGAGUAGCGGUGUAUUGCCACAAGAUAGUGGUGAAGACGAAGAGCCGGUAGAACCUACGUCAAAGCGCAGACGAACAGUUGUCUCGCCCAAGAAUCAUCGUCGCUCGAAACGCGUGGCAAUCGAUGCCGAUGAUGCGAACGACGCGACAGCGAUCAAAACCAAUCGAGAACGUACAUUGCGUCGGCAAUCUACAAUGACACAGCUGGUAGAUGGGAGGAAGCCACUGCCAGAUUCCGAGGGACCUGAGUUCAAGCCUGUCAAACAGAGCUCGCGCUUGAGCUGGGGACGUGGCAAAAGCGAAAACGAUAGAAAGCAGCGCACGUUGACGCAGAUGAUACCGCGUAUGCGAGCACCAGAAGUCAUGUCUGAUGAGGACUUGGAUGAGGCACUGAGCGAUGAUGAGGCAGAACAGCGGGAUAGUCAGACCUACGGGGAUGCUGUAGCGCAGCGACUCGCACGACAAGGACUUCAUCGUAUUGAAGGCAAUAGCGUCAAAGAACAGGAGGCUGCAGAUGAUAUUGUAGGGGAUAUACAACAGAAUUCGGAAGAUCAAUAUAUCAAGAAAGAGCCCACAGUAGACUCGCAAGACACUCCUGACGUGGUGGUACAGUCAGUGGAAGACGAGGUGGGUGAAGACUGCGAAGACAGCUACAAACCGACACAGUUUAUCGAGGCUCCUGUCACACGAACAACCCGGGCAACUAGACGUAGAAAUGUACCGCCAGCCACGGCGACUGGAGACGCUUCUUACGGCCCGCAGAAGCAGCACAAGACUCGCAAAGCCCGUUUCAGCCUUUUAUCAACUCCAGAAAAGCGACGUGUUCGCGUGAUUCCUUCUUCCCAAUCGCCAGCUGAUUCACCCCUGUCGACUCAGGUUUCCCCACAGAAACUACAUCGAUCACCCCUCAAGGCAUGCUCCAGCAACCCGAUAUUAGCACCGGACACGCCCUCGAAACGCAAGCAGGUGACAUUCAAAAUGCCAUCAAAGACGCCGAUACCUCCGCCGACACUGAGGAAGUUUGAAAGCACGAUCCAAGACUCUGAAGACGAGGACGAGGACUUGAUUGAGGAAGAUUUACCUGCGAACAAACAUCGCAAGGAUGAGGGUGCACGAUUGUUCUUCAGUCGGCCUGACACUGCGUCUGGCAAGCUUAUUGGCGCUGACACUCAAGCAAUGCUUAAUCAGAUCGAUCAGGCAUGUGCUGAUGCAGAUGAGGAGGAUGUCGAGGGCGAAUCUAGGUCAUCACAGGAAUCAGAUGAUCUGCCCGCGCUAAGAAGUGACAACCAACCUUCUCCUGAGCUCGGUGAGCCAAACAAAUCCUCAACUGGAAGAAGCUCGUCGCAAUCCAUGGAGUCAGUUACUGUCAAGCAAGAACUUGAGCAUGACGACGAUGAUGAAGAAGAUGAAGACGAAGAUGCGACAAUACUACCCACAAUCCAUUCAAACCCACCAAAUGACGAAAGCCGAACCGCAAGCGACAUAACCACGAGUACUGAAGGAGGACUACCUCAGGAAACAGAGCAGCUCCGAUCGACGCCUCCAGUCAUCGAAGAAUACCCCCAGUACACGUGUCCAUCUACACCCAUGGUCAUCAACGAUGAUUCAUCUUGGGAGGAACCCUAUACAUCACCCAAUCCAACGCCACCGCAAUCAAGCAGGCGACAACUACCCCCACCUCCUUUAACUUCAAUCCAGCCGUCAACUGAUCUCGACGACCCAGCCAUCCAAGUCCCUCGUUCUCCCGAACAUGAAACGCAAGAGUCACACUCCAGCAAAGCAGAGCAACAGCUCCAAAACGAAUGGUUCUCCUACUCGCAAUACGUGCACACACGCCCGCCCGAAUCGUCCAGUAUCCGCGCAGCACCCGAUGCAUUCAGUUACAACGCGACGCCUCGGCUUCCCCAUCAAACUCAGACCACAGCGCCCCCUUCGCGUCAACAACAACAAGCAUCGGCAUACCACCCCAGCCAAGCAACUACCGUCGACGAAAUCACACAACGCACUCACACCACACCCCGCCACAAGCGCACUCAGCAGUUUGGUAGCACGCAUACAACGCCCCAUCGCAUACCGAGCUCUCAACCUGCGCUUUUCUCGUCGCCGAACAAGCCGCCGCCGCUGUUCAUACCGAGCAGUUUUCCUAGUCCGGAGAAGGCGUGGGGGAGUAGUAGUCCGUUGUUGGAUGGGGGUGUUGGGAUGACGCAGGCGACGGGUGUUGGGAGUGGAUGGGGAAAGAGUAGUCAGUGGGCUAGCUUGGAGGAUUUUAGUAUACCGGCGAUGCCGCCGGGUGUUAAUAAGGAGCAGGAGGAAGAGGAGGAGGAUGAAUAG